AUGGUCCUGACGCUGCUGCUCUCCGCCUACAAGCUCUGCCGUUUCUUCGCCAUGUCUGGCCCACGGCCGGAUGCCGAGCGGCUAGCAGUGCCGGGGCCGGACGGGGGUGGCGGCGCGAGCCAAUGGUGGGUGGCGGGCAGCCGCAGGCCCCGCGAGUUAUCGCCGGGGGCAAGCACCGAGGUGCAGGGCGCCCUGGAGCGCACACUGCCCGAGCUGCAGCAGGCGCUGUCGGCGCUGAAGCAGGCAGGCAGCAUGCGGGCCUUGGGAGCCGGCCUAACCGAAGUUUUCCAGCUUGUCGAGGAGGCCUGGCUGCUACCAGCCAUGGGCCGCGAGGUAGCCCAAGGCCUGUGCGACGCUAUCCGCCUGGACGGUGGCCUGGACCUGCUGCUACGCCUGCUUCAGGCGCCAGAGCUGGAGACGCGCGUGCAGGCUGCCCGCCUGCUGGAGCAGAUCCUGGUGGCCGAGAACCGGGACCGCGUGGCGCGCAUCGGACUGGGCGUGAUCCUGAACCUGGCAAAGGAGCGUGAGCCGGUGGAGCUGGCGCGCAGCGUGGCCGGCAUCUUGGAGCACAUGUUCAAGCACUCGGAGGAGACGUGCCAGAAGCUGGUGGCAGCCGGCGGCCUGGACGCGGUGCUGUACUGGUGCCGCCGCACGGACCAGGCGCUGCUGCGCCACUGCGCGCUGGCGCUGGCCAACUGCGCGCUGCACGGGGGCCAGGCGGCGCAGCGGCGCAUGGUGGAGAAGCGUGCCGCCGAGUGGCUCUUCCCGCUCGCCUUCUCCAAGGAGGACGAGCUGCUGCGCCUGCAUGCCUGCCUGGCCGUGGCCGUGCUGGCCACCAACAAGGAGGUGGAGCGCGAGGUGGAGCGCUCCGGCACGCUGGACCUCGUGGAGCCGCUCGUGGCCUCGCUGGACCCCGGGCGCUUUGCCCGCUGCAUGGUGGACGCCAGUGACACCAGCCAGGGCCGCGCCCCCGACGACCUGCAGCGUCUGGUGCCGCUGCUCGACUCUUCGCGCUUGGAGGCACAGUGCAUCGGGGCUUUCUAUCUCUGUGCGGAGGCAGCCAUCAAGAGUCUGCAGGGCAAGACCAAGGUAUUCAGCGACAUAGGUGCCAUCCAGAGCCUGAAACGCCUCGUCUCCUACUCCACUAACGGCACCACGUCGGCGCUGGCCAAGCGCGCACUGCGCCUGCUGGGCGAGGAGGUGCCGCGGCGCAUCCUGCCCAGCGUUCCCAGCUGGAAGGAAGCCGAGGUCCAGACCUGGCUGCAGCAGAUUGGCUUCUCCCAGUACUGCGAGAAUUUCCGGGAGCAGCAGGUAGAUGGAGACCUGCUUCUGCGGCUCACCGACGAGGAACUCCAGGCCGACCUGGGCAUGAAGUCGGGCAUCACCCGCAAGAGGUUCCUCCGGGAGCUCACGGAGCUCAAGACCUUCGCCAACUACGCUACGUGCGACCGCAGCAACCUGGCUGACUGGCUGGGCAGCCUGGACCCGCGCUUCCGCCAGUACACCUACGGCCUGGUCAGCUGCGGCCUGGACCGCUCACUGUUGCACCGCGUGUCCGAGCAGCAGCUCCUGGAGGACUGUGGCGUCCACCUGGGCGUGCACCGCGCCCGCAUCCUCACGGCCGCCAGAGAAAUGCUACAUUCCCCGCUGCCCUGCACCGGCGGUAAGCCCAGCGGGGAUGCUCCAGAUGUCUUCAUCAGCUACCGGCGGAACACGGGCUCCCAGCUGGCCAGCCUCCUGAAGGUGCACCUGCAGUUGCAUGGCCUCAGUGUCUUCAUCGAUGUGGAGAAGCUAGAAGCAGGCAAGUUCGAGGACAAGCUCAUCCAGAGUAUCAUGGGCGCCCGCAACUUUGUGCUGGUUUUGUCGGCUGGGGCGCUAGACAAGUGCAUGCAAGACCACGACUGCAAGGACUGGGUGCACAAGGAGAUCGUGACUGCCUUGAGCUGCGGCAAGAACAUCGUGCCUGUCAUUGACGGCUUCGAGUGGCCAGAGCCCCAGGCCCUGCCGGAGGACAUGCAGGCUGUGCUCGCCUUCAAUGGCAUCAAGUGGUCCCACGAGUACCAGGAGGCCACCAUUGAGAAGAUCAUCCGCUUCCUGCAGGGCCGCUCCUCCCGGGACUCGUCUGCUGGCUCCGACACCAGUUUGGAGGGCACUGCACCCCCGGGGCCCCAUCUAACCAGCCCCUAG